AUGAGCUCGACACAAACCGACCCAGUGACGAUGCAAGAGCCAGCAGCAGUCGACAAUACCCUCGACGACAUCUUUGGCUCUUCACCACCCCAUGAAUCAGCAAGAAUUGUCCAAGAGACGCAGCCAGAGGCCAUGAAGGGCCAAGAGCCGUCCGAUCUCCCCUCCAUGCGCCGUCAACAUGUCACAGCCGGAUACCGUGAUGGAAUCUCUGCAUCAAAAGGAGAACAUGUUCAAAAUGGAUUUGAUGCGGGGUUUCCAGUCGGAGCACAAUUGGGUAUGAGAGCCGGGACUGUCCUGGGGAUAAUGGAAGGGGUGUUGCGCGGAUAUGAGAGUCGGGCCUCGGCCGCGGUGGUGAAAAAGCAACCCCAGCGUGGGGCUGCUGGGGGCAAGGAGUCCGAAGAGGCUAUCGAGGCACGACGGGUGAAAAGGGAGCAGAUUUUGAAGUUGUACAGAAGCGCUGUGAAGGAGCUGGAUGUGCAGGCUGUCUUUGCGGGGAUGGGUGGGACAUUGGGGAACAUGAUGGAGCCGCAAGAACCCAGGGACAAUGAAGGAGAGGAGGAAAGUGCUGAGGAUCAGCUCGCUCGAAAAGGUGGUCCGGUGGUUUCACAAUGGGAGGAUAGGGUCAUGGUGGCUCACUGGGAACAGAACAUGGACGCCCUCGAAGAGAAGGAGAAGGAAGGAGAGGAUGAGAGCAACGAGCAGAGCUGA